AUGUCCCCUGUGCCUACGUCGACCCAGGCUGCCCCCCAGCCCUCCGCCUUACCACCGUCAACCGAACAGUCGAACGCAUUGCACAUUUCACGGCCUUCCCGUGCAGAUUCCGAAUCAAAGCCCGUCAAGCCUCAGCGGAAACCUCUUCUCCGUCUAGAGCUCCGUGAUCUGUCCUCUGAUGGCUCCCGCGCUUUCCUCCGCCUCCUCCAUGCCUCUACCGCCCUCGAAGAUGCGGUCGACGCCGUUCUACGUCUACUAUACACCGGCCUCGAGACGCACUGCAUACCACCGACGCGCUCGAUCACGCUAGUUCUACGCUCCAUGCCCGGCGUAGCGUACACCACAGGACUCGACAUUGACGACGAUCACAAGGAGAUACAUUUCAGCACCGAUUACAUAAAUCACGUCCCUGAUACGCGGAAGAAGGAAGAAAUGCAAGGCGUAAUUGUUCACGAGAUGGUGCACUGCUGGCAGCACAAUGCGCGGGGCACUGCCCCGGGAGGCUUGAUAGAAGGCAUCGCGGAUUGGGUGCGAUUGAAGGCAGGGUACGCGCCGCCGCACUGGAAGAGAAGGAGUGAUUGCAAUUGGGAUGCGGGUUAUGAGCGGACAGGCUAUUUCUUAGAGUGGCUAGAAGAAGAACAUGGCGCAGACAUCGUCCGCAAGAUCAACGAGGGGCUGAGGGGGUGCGAGUACGACAGUGACGCAUUUUGGGGAAGCUGCUGCGGGAAGAAGAUCGAUGAGCUGUGGAAGGAAUACAAAGCCAGCCUAGGA